AUGGCCCGAACGCAGGUCGAGGUUCUCCUGGUGGGGCUCAUUGUCUUCAUGAUUGGCUUCAACAUUUGGCAUACCACGCGCGAGAGCCAGCCACCAAGCUCGGCGAUACCAGGCCCAGUAGCCGGCCAGGGAGGUAAUUUGGAGCCCCGGGCCGUGCCCAAGGCCACUCGUGCCAAACACUCUCCACAACGGCAACAAGCCAUCACCAAUCCCUUGGCCACAGACGACGAUGAUGACUCACCCCGGGCCCAGGCCCAGGCCCAAGCGGCGCGUGCAAAGACCCAAGCCAACAAGGCACCGACAGAGAAGCUGGACCCCGUGCUGGAACGGCUGAAGCACAAUCCAGAGCUCCACGAUAUGCUCAACCUCGGUGGCGAUGGAUAUGAUGUGCUCUUCCACGAAGACAGCCCCACUCACAAGCUAUGGCUCUGGUCUGAGGAGCCGGAUAAAACUCGUUGUUUCCUGCGCUCCCAGAGCAAUCAAGCGCUUUUGGAGCGCUGCCUCGAGCAACACGAUGCCAUUCAAACCAUGUACCGUGACGGUGCCUACUUUGGCUUCAAGGAUGCGGACGGUGAUUCAUGCCUCGUGGUUGAUCCGGAAGACUCGCUACACUUUGUGCCCUGUAAGCGGGGUGACAAACGACAAGAGUGGGAUGUGGUGCCAGGUAAAGGUCUCGUUUCACGCGUCGAUGGGCGCUGUGCCACUCAGCUUCCCUAUGUCAUGCACAUGAAGAUGAAACCGUGCACGGAUCCCGUCAAUCAGUGGAUCUUGGACGUGGAUCUUGAAUUCAUUCCCUACGACCUUGAAGGCUGGAUGAAACUCUUUGGCACCGAGCGCACCCAGCUUCUAAAAGAAGCCCAGGCCGAGGUCGAUGCGGCACUGGCUCGCACGAGUCUGGACGUGCCCACCCCUACCAGCCACCGACGUAUCGUUGUUUUUUAUGGCGAAGGCGGCCUUGGUGGUUUCUUUGUGCAACUCAGCUGGUGGAUCAUGGCGUGGCAAAAGCUUGAGCUCGACCACGCGAGCCAACGCUUUGACAUCCUAGUCCUAGGAGACAAACGCUUGGGCAAUAUGCUUCGAGCCAAGUUCCCAUUCUGCGAGCAAAAGGACAUAGGCCCUGCCUCCGAGCCACCGUCGGACGAUGCAGCGGGCGUGUGCUGGUUUAGCGAGUUUAUUGGUGCCAGCCGUCGCGAGCCCAAAAAGUAUGAUGGUUGGACCAACAGCAUUGAAUGCCUAGUAAACCCGACGAUCCGACCCUUCCUGGAAAAGUAUUCCCAGCUGCUACGCGCUGACGCUGAUACCUUUCCCACACCGCGCAUGCGUGACUUUUAUCGCGAGGACGUCUAUUUUGGCACGCAAGCUGGCUAUUCCACGCGAUACUCGCGCAUCAAGAUUGAACGCGCCUCCACGGCCGCGGGUUUGCAGCACCACAGCAUCACCAACAUCGGCUCAACCUACUAUGGCCCCGCGUCUGUCGUUCUUCGCGUGGCCGACCUCACCUUGGCGUGCGGGUUCUUUGCGCGCGCCUACCUGUUCUCCCCCGGCACCCCCUGCAAGCUGCCUGCCAACCUCCGGCCCAAAACCAUCAAGUGUGGCUGGACCUCAGAGGGACUGCACGAGGGCGUCCUGUUGCUCUACUCACAAGAGAUGGCCGUAAACCACCUGUACGGUAUCAAGCAAAAGCUGUCUUUCCAUCAGUGGACAUCGAUGGACGUGCCCACGAUCGAGCCCCAUCCCGUGUGCCGCGCCUACAUGCUACAUGUCUACCAUGGCGCUGAGCGCUUCUCGAAAUUUCGCCUGUCUGACGGAACGUAUCGUGACCUGGACGUGACUGACUACGAUCUCACGAUCAUCCGCGACUAUGCCACCUGGCUUGCGCUGCUCGCUGCCGGACAAGGCCAGAACCUGGACAAACCUCUGGCCAAGUUGCGCAGAGGCUUUGCGCACAUGUGCGAUGGCAUUCCAAUGCAAAAUGAUUAG